GUAUUCGUGCAUAGUUUACUUCCCUCGCCCCUCUUCAUAUAAGAUCGCCCAACCUAUUUGAGAGAACCGACGUUCCGGCCUGAAUCUGGGCUCCCAGGACAAAUGACCGACUCCAAAACGUAGCAUAUUUAUUGAGGCCUCUCGCCGAUAGGAUGAAGGCGUUGGCGUUGGGAGCGGGUCGGCAUUUUGCGCUCUUGCUUUUGACCGGCGCCCUUCUCCUCGCUCAGCAGCGAGCAGCUGUGGCAGCUACGGACGAUGAGCUAUGGCAGCAGCUAGAUUCACAAACGCUUGUGCAGCUGCAAGGCAGGACAUGGACUUGGCAGAGUAAGACGUCGCCCUUGGUCCUUUCAAGGAAUGUCAGCAUUCUUGGACCAGGUGUCCUGAGGAUAGAGACGUCUGCGUCUGUGGUGCAAGGAGCUGGCGGGUCGGUGCUCACUCUCCGAGAUGUGACAGUGUGCGUCCUUGGCGCCGGCGCACAGAGUAGCAGCGGCAGCCCGCUGCCAGCCACAGCAGGGCCCAUAGCAGCCAUUAACACGAGCAGCCUCAGUCUGGCGCUGCAAAACGUCACGGUCAUGGCAUCCUUCUCGGCUCUUAGCUCAGUGUCAGGAUUCUGGGCGGCCAGCAGCCUACUGAGCUCGAGUAUAGACGCUCUGACGGGUCUGGCAGCGCCAUCGCUGGGACAGGGGCCCCGCAAGGUGCUGUCCCUGGACCUGGGCCGUACCUCGGCCACCGACUUGCUGCUGCUGCCCACGGACGGGCAGCGGCGGGAGUCCACCGCCUGCUACACGACGGGUGUGCCGGUGUUUGACUCGGCGACGCUGCGGCGGGCGCUGGGUGACCCCAACACGUCCACCGUGUUCGUGUACCAGGACUUGCUGCUCAGCCCCGCGGACUUCUCCUUCCGCUACCCGGUCAACAUCACCGGCGGCCGCGGCAACGUGACGCUGUACGGCUGCGGUACCACCACCGUGGACGUCAACCUCAACUACACGCGCCACUCGGUGGUGACGGGCGGCGGCGGCGCGCUCACGGUGCGCGGGCUGCGCUUCACCAACUCGCCGCUCAUGAACCAGCUGCUAUGGCCACGCAACCUGUCGCCUCUGCUGCCGCUGGUGGACUGCGAGGUGGGCGGCCGGGUGGCGCUGGUCGACGUGGCCAUUCUGACGCCAAUGGCGGACGACUUGGCGGCGCAUUUGGACGCCUUCACGAAUGGCAGCAACGGCAAUGCGGCGCUGGCACCGGUGUACACGUCAGCCAACAUCAGCCAUGUGGCCAUCUCGCGGUGGCGACUGACGGGCGCUGUAUGGGAGCCGUCGCUGGGAAUCGGCGCCGAGGCAGCCGCCGCCAGCGUGUGGGAGUUCACCAAUGUGAAUGCGACCACGCUGCCGCCGACGGCCUGUCUGUCGUCAAACGGCGUGCAGGGCAUUCGCGUAUCCUCCGGGAAGCAGUUGCGGCAGCUCAUGGGCGACGACCUGAUCCCAGCGCUGGAGAUUGUGAAUAACCUCACGUUUGUGGAGUCGGAGUGGCCACCUGAGGCGUCCGGGCCUGCUGGCGGGCAGAUCUUUGUGAACGGCACUAAGGAGGUGUAUGCGUGCCACCCCAGCCCGGGACACCGCUACACGGUCGACUUCGGCGAUCUGGGUCAGGUGGUGUUCGUGUUUGGCACGCUCACGUGGCGCGGCUCCAUUUUGAUGGUGAACCCGCGCGCCUCGCCGCGCCGCUCCUGGCUGUACCUGCUCAUUGGCGCUCUUAGCGUGGAAACGGACGGUGUCAUUCAGUUCACGGGCGUCGACAUUCGCAGCAACGUGUCCUCGCCCUUCACCAAUGCCGUCGACCCGUUUUGGAGCACGCAGUGCGGGAGCCUGUGCAGCUCCUUCAUCCCGGACAAAACCGCCUACCGCAACGUUUCUUACUAUGACGCCUUCAUCUACGACUAUCGCUUUAUGAAAUCCGACUGGGUGGCCGUAUCACAGGGCCGCAACAUCACCGGCACCGGCUUCUGGGGCUACACCGACGUGGCGCUGACUUGGCGGCCCAGCUACACCGACAGCGGCGGCAGCGGCAGCGGAGGCGACGUACCGGUGGCUGCCAUCGCGGUGCCGGUGGCGGUGGGUGGCGCCCUCCUCAUCGCUGGCGCGAUAGCUGCCUUCGUCGUCGUAAAGCGGCGACAGCAGCAGCGGGCGGCGGCGGCGGCCGCGGCGGCGGCCGCCGCCGCCAAGCCCGGCGACAAGCCGCCGGAGCUGACGGUGGUGGUGGCGGGGAAUGGGGCCCCGCCAGGCGCCGGCGGCAGCGGCAACGGCGCCAGCGGCGAUGUGCGGGACGGCUCCACGCCGCCGCAGAACUCCUCCAGCGCGCACGGCGGGAUGACUGUGGGCUCCACAACCGCCGCCAGCCAGGCGGCUUCCAUUAUGUCGGGGAGCAUGCCCACAGAAGCCCGCAUCGAGGAGAUGAAGCGCGCCAUGAUGGGCACGGGCGCGGUGGGCGGCAUGCACCGCAACGAGCAGAUCACGCUCACGGAGCUGCUGGGGGAGGGCUCCUUCGGCAAGGUGUACAAGGGCGUGUGGCGCGGCACCACGGUGGCAGUGAAGACCAUGGUGCUGCCCAACAACAUGAGCGGCAAGGAGAAGCGCGAGAAGAUGGCGGUCAUGGAGACGGCCAUCAGCAGCAGCCUCAGCCACCCCAACAUCGUGCAGACCUACACGUACGCAGUGCUGCCCGUCAAGGGCGACCAACAGCCCGCAGGCAUCAAGCUGGGGACAGGCGCAAGCCUGACCGUGGAGAGCACCGGCCCGCUGGCGCUCAUGGCGUCGCCCGACCAGCAGCAGGGCGUGCACAGCUGGGAGGUGCGGCUGGUGCUGGAGUUCUGCGACCGCGGCUCACUCCGCGACGUCCUCAGCGAGUCACUGCGGGCCGCCCAGGCCGCCGCAGGCGUCGCCGCCGCCAGCACCGCCUCAAACGUGCAGGAUGCCGCCGGUGCCGGCGGCGCCGCCGGCGGCGACGGCAACAGCGGCGAGGGCGACGUGCUGCAGCAGCGCGAGCGCUCGGACUGCGCGCCGCCCUACAGCACGCACGGUGGCGGCGGCGGCGGCGCUGGGGGCGGCGGCGGCGCCGGAGGAGGCGCUGGCGGCCUGGGCGGCGGGCGGGACGUGAGCUGCCCGCUGGGGUACUUGGAGGCGCUGGACAACGUAUUGGACGUGGCGCGUGCCAUGCUACACAUGCACUCGGAGAACAUUGUGCACGGCGACCUCAAGGCGCGCAACAUCCUGCUCAAGAGCGGCGGCAGCGGCGACGGCCGCAGCUACGUGGCCAAGGUGGCGGACUUCGGGCUCAGCCUGCGCAUCGACCCGACCGAGACACACGUGUCCAAUGUGUACCAGGGCACCAUCACGCACAUGGCGCCCGAGGUGCUGCUGCACGGCAAGGUGUCCAAGGCGUCGGACGUGUACGCCUUCGCCAUCCUCAUGUGGGAGGCCUACACCGCGGGCCAGGCGUUCAAGGGCACGCCGCGCGCGCUGCUGGGGCACGAGGUGACCAAGAUGAACCGGCGGCCGCAGUUCCCGCUGGACACGCCCUUUGAGUUCCAGCUGCUGGCAUGCCGCUGCUGGGAGAGCGACCCCUCCAUACGGCCGAGCUUUGAGCAGAUCAUCGGCGACCUCACGCGCAUGCGCGCCAAGCUGAUGGGCGCCGCCGCCGGCGCCGGCGCGCACAGUAGCAUCGGCAGCUCCACUCUGGGCGGCGCCAGCGCCUCCACCACCGCCAACCAGUUCGGCGUGCACCCCAGCGGCACGCUGGGCGGCGGUGCCACGGCCUCGGGCAUGAGCCCCGCGCUGCCGCUGGUGCCGGUGACGCCGCUGCAGCAGUACCAGCAGGGGGGCGCCACCGCCGUCUCCAUGACGCUGGGCGGAAGCGACAGUGAUGGCACGGGGCUGCAAAUGGUGGACGCCCAGGGGCAGCAGCUUUUCUUCGUGCAGGGCGUUGACGGCAGCACCUUUGGCUCCCUAGGAACGGACUCGUUUAUGAUCCCGCCAGGCGGUGCGGGGCCCGUGGCGGGGGCCAUGCUGCCGCACAUGAUUGGGGCGGGGCGGCCAGUGCCCGCCAUGCCGCCCAUCCUCGAGGCCACCGGCGGCACGCCGGACACGUCGGCGCCGCUGCCGAAGGUCGGCGGCAGCGCCGCUGCCAACGGCGCAGGAGCGGCGAUUCCGGAGGAGGCGAGGCGUCAAUGAUGACACCAGCAGCGCGCGCCGUGUACUAUGUUUGGUCAGCCGGCGCUUGGCGCGACGGCUCGGGUGUCUUGUAGUUGUAUGAUGUGGUGAGCGGGCUCGCAGGCGCGCAAGGACGUGCGAACAAUGGGCUGGUGUGCGGGAUUGAAUUCAUGAUAUCGCGGGGCAGGCGUAUCCGCCUGUGCCCUGCAGUGUGUCAGCGCCGCGCGCGGGGCUGAGUCGUUGUUCUUGGUGUCGGCGUCGGCGUCGCGCGCGUGCCUGGCCCGGCGAUACGCUUCACUGGGCUGGUUGGAUCUGUGGUGUGGGGAGCGACGUGUGAUCGUGCGGCAGACGUGUGCAUUAUAUAUUGCCCUACGUACGGGUAGAAACUGGAUGAUGGCGGCACGGUGGUAUGAUGUUUUCUGGGUCGGGUCCCCGGUGGCAUUACUUACGGCGCAGCGUUGCUGGGAUGUGGCGCUGCUGGCGUUGCCCGUCCCUAGCUUUGGGGACAGCUGCGUGCGACCGGCGGGGUCGGCGAGGCAGUUGGGGCAUAAUACCCUGGGUUAGACGGCAUUCUUUGGAUGCGUUGGCGCGGCCAGCGCUGGCGUCCUUGGCAUCCCUGGACACUUGAGAAACAGGAGGUUUGCUGGCAAACGGAGAGGUCGCAUGCCUCAACACUUGAAGGGAACUCAUGGCUAUAGCGCAUGGAACUGGACUCGAUUGCUAUGCUUUGCUGUCCAGUACGAGUACCGUAUGCCACGGCACGUGCCGGGAGUAUUUCGCGUUUCGCGGCAUGCGCUGCUGAGCCCGCGAUGGACUGCUUUCAACUCCGUGACGGCAGCGGGUCGUGUUGGUUGUCGGGAGUACGGUAGUUAAAUUAGAGGGAAAGUACUGCCGUGAUUACAAGGGGAAUGCCGUGAUGCCGUAAAGAAUACUGCGACAAACGCACGCAAGUGCCGACAGGUGUGGAAGUUGAGGCCGUUGUUAACAGGGGGCAGGUGCGGGUGGUUACUGCGCUGAAUAUGACUGCGCUGAAUAUGACGGCGCUGGUGUCCAAAUGGUGCAGGGUCCAUAGCCUGGUUAUUCGGGAUGCCCUCGGCUGCAAGGAUGUGUGAUGGGACAGGGUUCAGGCAGGCUGGCGAGGUCCCGUAGGGUGCAGCUGACGCCCAUACCCUUCGGGAUGCCCUCGGCUGCAAGGAAGGACUAUGUAUUGCCCGGCCCAGGAACUGCUGCUAGGGCCCGGUCGGAGGAGGUAACGGCGUGAGGAAACGGUGUGAGUGGCUGAGGGUAGAGAAGCACCGGCAGUUGAGAAUCAGUGAGUAAUUUCCGAUGCCCCGUGGCGGCGCGCGUGAACUUCUGCAUGAAGCCCCGUUAUUGCGUGGUUGCAAUGGCAACCCCACCUACACACACACUGCGAACACUGCUUUUGCCGUCUGGAGCUGACCGUACGCAUGCGAGGGGAAGGUAGCAAUGUGCAGUUGACGAAUCUGUAACUUCAAGUGCCA